CCGGGAUUGAUAUCCAAGAUGGCGGCCGCAGGUCACGACAACCAGGGCACUACAUCGCCAACAAAUAGUGCUCCAGUUAGGACCACCAAUCCCUGGGACUAAAAACAUGUAUCAUACAAUUCAAUAAGCCAUGUUCUGCUGGGGCAAGUGCUCAGAAGGGCAGCUAGGCGUGGGGGAGACCGAGCAGGAAUUUAUUUCAACUCCAAGAUUGCUAGAAAAUCUCGAGUUUUCGAGUAAUGUUAGGGAAGUGAGUUGUGGUUGGAAUCACACGGCGUUUCUUUGCAAGGAUGGUACAGUUUACACUUGUGGGAGUAAUGAGUUUGGACAGUUGGGCCAAGAGAAAAGCCACACAAAUCCUGAGUCAGUGCAUGCCAUAGAGACCUUCACCAUCACCAAGGUGACAUGCGGCAAGGCACAUACAGUGGCCGUCAGUGACCAGGGACUCGUAUUUGCCUGGGGGGACAACAGCUACGGACAAAUAGGACUUGGGAGCAAGGUCAAGGAGAAAGUACAGACCAUUCCUAAGAUGUUAAAGGGAUUAGCCAAGAUGUCUGUUGUACAAAUCGCAUGCGGAUGCAACCAUUCUAUGGCAUUAACAAUUAGUGGUCAUCUCUUCUGCUGGGGCGAUAACUCCUCAGGUCAGCUGGGUAUUGGCAAAACCCACAGCUCCAUGUCAGAGCCUGCUCCUGUCUUGUCUCUUAAUGGUGUCCCCUUCAUGCUGAUCAGUGCCGGUGGUGCACACAGCUUUGCCCUUUCCUCAUCCGGUGCCCUGUUUGGCUGGGGAAAGAAUGAAUAUGGUCAACUGGGAGUUCAUGACGCUACAGAUCGCCCUUUGCCCACCCUACUUAAGUCGUUGCGGUCCCAAGGGGUUUGCUAUGUCUCCUGUGGAGAGAAGCACACUGCUGUUUUAACAAGUGAUGGAGGUGUAUUUACAUUUGGGUGUGGUACGUCAGGGCAACUUGGUCACAACUCUGAUCAUCAUGAAUAUACACCUAGAAAAGUUUUCGAAUUAAUGGGGAGCGUUGUGACACAGAUAGCCUGUGGCAGGGCACACACACUAGCUUUAGUUCCCUCUUCCGGGCGGGUGUACACCUUUGGCCGUGGAGGGGAUGGUCAACUUGGUCUUGGUGUAACAAGUAACUGCAAUAGUCCUAUGACGGCAAAGGGGCCAUGGCUUAGGUCUAAUAACAUCAAGAGCAUGUUACCAGAAGCUGAUGGUGACUCAGUCGUAUAUACUGUCAGGAGAAUCGAUGCAGGAGGAGAUCAUUGUUUCGCAAUGGCAUCGUCUUAUGGGGAUGAAACUGAUGGCCCGGAGGACAUGCGUCUGCCCCGCCCAUCCCAGUCCAUCCUGCACUUAUCUGUGCCAGUCACCAUGGACCUAGUCAAGAGGGCCACCAUAGCCUCCGACUUGUCCGAUGUAUCUGAGAAAUUAGAAAUCAUAUUCUCUUCACUAGCAUGCCUGAAUGGAUCAUUUCUGGACAAGCAAACUCACAAAGGUGUCAGUUCCCGCACUCAUGGGAUUGAGUUAUCAGCUGUUCGGAAAUCAUUUACCAUGCUACACACAAUACCAAGCAAGGAGACACGUAACAUGAUUGUGUCGUGCAUAUCCAACUUCCUGUUACCGGCCAUGGUACAGCAGCAGCCGCCUGAUAUCGAGGCUCUGCGUGUCUACCUCAUGUUACCCGAGAAUGGCAUCAUGCUUGAUAAAGAGUGCUUCAUGGAGGUUGUCAUCCCGUUUGCUGACAGCAUAUUACGGCUCUCGCCUGAGGCACAGAAAGUCCUACGGCGGUGGUGGUCUACGUUACCAUCGACAUACUUCUCCCGAGUAAUACAGGUUUUCCAGGAAUGUGUCAAAUACCUUCUGACGCUCCCUCUGCCUCAUUUUGCAAAUGAAGAGUUGAUUAAGCGGCAAGUGUACCUGGGCAUGUGUAUGGUGGCACUGGACAAUCUACACAAGGUGAACAACGAGUCUGGUGAUAUAGUGCCCUUCAAACAGUUCUACAUUCCCGAGAUACAAGAGAAGGUUGAUAUCAGGGCCGACUACUUCAACUGGAUACAGAACCAGAUUGUUGGCUUUCUGCAGGAUUUCCCCUCCUUGUACCGGAAUGUGAACACGUUUUCGUUUUGCCGAUUUCCAUUUGUGUUUGACGCCAGCGCAAAAACCAAGCUGCUACAGACAGAUGCAGUUAUGCAAAUGCAGUCUGCUGUCGACGAGGUGAACCGCCGCAAUGUGCAGUCCUUGCUCUCGUUCGUACCUGUCAACCCGGUGAACCCUUGCCUGGUCAUCAAGGUGCGCCGGGAUAGCAUCGUUCAAGACACCCUGACACAGAUCACCACACAGAGCCCGUAUGACCUCAAGAAACCGCUCAAGGUUAUAUUUGCGAACGAGGAGGCUGUCGAUGCUGGUGGAGUAAAAAAGGAAUUCUUCCUUCUUUUGCUGACGGAGAUUCUUGACCCCAAGUACGGCAUGUUCACCUACCUGGAGGACUCGCAGACGAUCUGGUUCAAUGAUCUGACAUUUGAGGAGAGCCCUAUGUUCUUACUAAUUGGGGUCAUCUGUGGUCUUGCUAUCUACAACUCCACCAUCUUCGACCUGCGUUUCCCUCCCGUGCUCUAUAAGAAGCUGCUCCGAAAGAAACCUAACUUAGACGACUUCAGAGGUUUCCAACCUUCCGUGGCCAGAAAUCUGCAGUAUCUAUUGGACUACUCAGAUGACGACUUGGAGGAUACAUUCGGAUUGAAUUUCCAGAUUAUGCGGGAGAAGUAUGGUGCCCUGGAAUACAUAGAUCUGGUCCCUGGUGGUGGAGAGGUACCUGUUACCCAGGACAACAGAGAACAGUAUGUUGAACUGUAUAUUGACUAUUACUUGAGCAAAGCUGUGGAUAAGCAAUUCGAAGCCUUUUUUACAGGCUUUCAUCGUGUUUGUGGAGGCCAUGUAUUGGAAUUCUUCCACCCUCAGGAGCUCAUGGAAAUGGUGGUGGGAUGCCAAGAAUAUGAUUUCGAAGUGUUAGAAAAGAUCACCGAGUACAAAGGCGAGUAUUACAGAAAACAUCCAGUUAUUGCGAAUUUCUGGACCGUGUUCUAUGAAUUUCCACUGAGUAUGGAGAAGAAAUUUCUUGCGUUCCUGACCGGAAGUGAUCGAGUGCCGAUCCUUGGCAUGGAGAGUAUGAAGAUGAUAAUUCAGCCUGUUGCUGGUGGAGAACACGGGGAUCAUCUACCGGUAGCUCACACGUGCUUCAACCUGUUAGACCUGCCACGCUACCCGACACUAGAAAUGAUGAGGACUAAGCUCAGCCAAGCUGUCGAAUUCUCCAAAGGCUUCGGGCUUGCUUAGUCGACAGGCCCCGGGAGGUAUUCGGGAUUCCGAGAAUCACACCAGACAUCACGAAGAGCACAUUCGAUAUGAUGAGGACUAAGCUCAGCCAAGCUGUCGAAUUAUCCAAAGGCUUUGGGUUCGCUUAGUCGACAGACCUCGGGAGGUAUUCGGGAUGACGAGAAUCACACGAGACAUCACGGAGAUCACAUUCGACAUGAUGAGGACUACAUCCAGGCAAGCGCUCGAGUACAAAGGCUUAGCCUUAGUGGGAAUGUUUCGCGACAUUUUUCGGAUGCCGACUAUCUGCCGAGACAUCGCGAACAUCACAUUCGACACGAUAAGGGCAAUACUCCGCAGCAGUCGAGUUCUCCGAAUGCUUAGGGCUUUCUUGGUCGGAAUGUUUUUAUACGUUCCUAUGAGAUUUUUUUGAGUGAGCUUUUCCAGCAGCUAUUUCCUCCCCCCUGCCCCCCACUCCAAGCUCAGCUAGUUUGAAGAUUCGGCAGGGGUACAGAUGAUAUAGAUCCAACGAUCACCGAAUUCUUAGACGAUGAGGUAGUAUUUCAAGUAUAUGGAUAGAACUUAAAAAGUUAUUCUGGUCAAUCUCCUCGAUAUCCGUCUCUUGCGAUAAGCCACAUAAAUGCAACCGACCAUCUUUCGGAGGCAACUUGGGUAACGAUCAAAUGCCGAAGAAAGACCGACGAGAAUAAUCCAUGCGCCUUGAGCAAAUGCCUUAACUAAUGUUAUGUUUUGUUAUGCUGUAUUUUCAUAUUGUAACAUCUGUAGAAAGCUGAACUAAGAUAAUAGUGA